AGAGAUGUGUAUAAGAGACAAAUAUAACAUGUCCCGCAAUCACAAGGACAAGUAUGAGAACUCCAACACGCGUCGUAUGUAUACACUCAUGUGCCCUGAGGACUAUCAAUCGGGGAAGAAAUCUCAUUGGUCGGAGUUGGAGAUAACAGGCAGUAUAAGGAAUUUGAGCUCCAAUUUAUGGCAAAUGACUCAUCUAACAGCUCUGUACAUGAACGACAACAGUCUGCAGAGGUUGCCAUCUGAGAUUGGUCGUCUUGUCAACUUGCGCGUUCUAGAUCUCAGUAGCAACAAGCUGCGCAGUCUGCCUGCUGAACUGGGGGAGCUCAUUUAUCUCAGGGAGUUGUUAUUGAACCAAAACUUCCUUCGCGUGUUACCGUACGAACUAGGGAAGUUGUUCCAGUUACAAGUGCUCGGACUUCAAGGAAAUCCACUCAGCAAGGACGUGCUGGCGUUGUACGGGAAUGGAGAGCCUGCGGGGACGAACAAGCUGCUGACGUACAUGUUGGACAACUUACAAGGUAAGUGGAGAGAUUUUAUUUGCUGAGCCAGUUAUCAAAGA